UGCAAACAACGGGAUCCAAAGAGACACAACCAGGAGCCAUAAUGGACCUGCUGCACAGUGCUGGGGUGCAGGUGGUACAGUACCUGCAGGAGAACUACCAGGGCUCCCAGGACUGGUUCCUCUUCAUCUCCUUCGCUGCCGACCUUAAAACCACCUUCUUCAUCCUCUUCCCCAUCUGGUUCCACCUCUGCGAGGCGGUGGGCAUCAAGCUGGUCUGGGUGGCCGUGAUCGGGGACUGGUUCAACUUGGUCUUUAAGUGGAUGCUCUUUGGGCAGAGACCCUACUGGUGGGUCCGGGAAACCAGUUACUAUGGCAACACCACCACCCCUGUGAUCCAGCAGUUCCCCCUCACCUGUGAGACCGGCCCAGGAAGCCCCUCAGGCCACGCCAUGGGUUCUGCUGGAGUCUACUACGUCAUGGUGACGGCCCUGCUGCCCGGCCUCCUGGGCACCCAACACAGGUCCUGUGCAGCCAGGUGCCUCCGCGGCCUCCUGUGGCUAGUGUUCUGGGCUGUGCAGGUCUGCGUCUGCUUGUCCCGAGUCUUCCUAGCAGCUCACUUCCCCCAUCAGGUGAUGGCAGGUGUCAUCUCAGGGAUGGUAGUAGCAGAAGCAUUUGACCACAUCCCCGCCAUCUACAACGCCAGCCUCCGGAGGUACGUGGGCACCACCCUUUUCCUGUUCAGCUUCGCCCUGGGGUUCUACCUGCUGCUGAAGGCUCUCGGUGUUGACCUGCUGUGGACCCUGGAGAAAGCCAAGAGGUGGUGUGACCGGCCGGAGUGGGUCCACAUUGACACCACCCCCUUCGCCGGCCUCCUCAGGAACCUGGGGAUCCUAUUUGGGCUGGGGCUGGCCCUCAACUCCCAGAUGUACCUGGAGAGUUGCAAAGGGAAAAUGGGCCAGCAGCUGCCCUUCCGCCUGAGCUGCAUCGUGGCCUCGCUCCUCCUCCUGCACCUCUUCGACUCCUUUGACCUCCCCACGGAUAGAGAGCUACUGUUCUACGUCCUGUCCUUCUGCAAGAGCACCGCUGCCCACCUGUGUGCGGUGGCACUCAUCCCCUACUGCAUUGCCCAGGUGCUCAGGAGGGGCCACAAGAAGAUCCUGUAGCUGACCUGCAAACUUGCGUCGUAGCUGCCGAACCAGGCUGCUCUUCGGGGCAGGGGAAUGUGCUCUGCAGGGCUCCCCCUUCCCUUUCCCAGGGCAGUAACAGGCCUCCCAGCACCACGGACCUCACAGCUCCGGGUUACGUGAUCAGCUCACACGCACGGCUCAGUGCCAUGGAGUGGAAGGGGAAGUUCACUGUCACCUGUGUGGGAAAGGAAGCGAGUGACUGUCACACACCUCAGUGCUGGCACAGGGCCUCCGGGCCCUUUGCUUUCACCUCUGGCAAGCCAGGGAGAAAUAUAAUUGGGUCCUCGUUGGCCACAGCCCCUGGCCCAGCCCAGGCUGGCACAAAUGGUAACCUCUGCUCUAGAGAGCAUGAGUGGAUAAUGGGGCGGUCAGGAACGCUGCCCCAGCCGAGGGCAUAGACACAGCUGAGGGAGCCGUGUCCCACCCGGAAUUUGGCUCUCGGGCAGGUUGUCAGCCUCUUACACGACAACUUACCAAAUGCUCUCCAGAGGGGGGAGCAGUCGGCACCGUACCAUUCUCAUGGCUCAGUCCCCUCUGGGGACACACGGUGACAACGAUGCUGUGUCAAUCAACUCAACCCCAGCAGAGCAGGGAUGGCGUGUCCAUGGGCUCCCAGCGCGGGAAAGCUGGGCUGAGGUCCCGCAUGCAGCUUGUGCAAGGAGUGUCGUAGGCAUGGGUGUGUCUGUGUGUGUUACCAGGGCUGUUACGGCUGGGCGGCCAAGGGACAGGAGCUAGCUGUGAAAUGCCUUUGGGAAUAAAAUUAGUAAAUUACACUCAGUCUUUCCCACCCUCAGGCCAUCUUACUGAGGGGGGAACCUCUGCUCAUUGCCCCAGUGGGCCCUCCAGACAUGCAGGGACCCAGAGCCCUCCAAGACAGGGCUGGUGCCAGAUGCUGCAGGGGAAUGAACAGACCAGGGCAGUUAUCCAGUCCCUGUCUGGUUGAGGGGGGGGAGCAUUCUAGAACAGUGGUUCUCAGCGAGGGGUACACAUACCCCUGGGGUACGCACAGGUCUUCCGGGAGAACAUCAACUCAUCUAGAGAUUUGCCUAGUUUUACAACAGGCGACAGAACAAGCACUAGCAAAGUCAGUACAAACUCAGAUUUCAUACAAUGACUUAUUUAUAGUGCUCUGUAUACUAUACACUGAAAGGUAAGUACACUAUUUAUACUGCAGUGGAUUUAUUUUAUAAGUAUAUGGUAAAAAUGAGAAAGUCAGCCAUUGUUCGGUAGUAGUGGGCUGGGACAAUUUUGUAUUUUGAUGUCUGAUUUUGUAAGCAAGUCGUUUUUAAGCGAGGUGAAAGUUUGGGGUCCACAAGACAAAUCAGACUCCUGGAAGGGGUACAGGAGUCUGGAAAGGCUGAGAACCACUGCUCCAGAAGGCAGGAACUGAGGGGCAGCAGCAAGGCCAUGGGUAUGGGAGGCGCAGCCUCAGGCCCCUACUCUGCACUAGGGAGUUCCGUCGAGGUGAAUGCUGAGGACAGAAGCAGCUCAGUGCUGGACUGCUGACCCUGGUGUAGCUGCUCCAAGACAGAACCCUGCUGUAGGGGGGCUGUCACAGAGUGUGCCCCGGCCCGGCCCAGCCUCCCCCGUUCCAGGCAUCCUCCUAGUGACUGACACCAAGCGUGAACAAGGCCAAAGUUCAGCUUCUCUACUUGCAGAGCUCGUUUCUAUUUCAGGCCCAGACCAACAGGUGAUUUGUCUCCAGCUUCCUACCAUGCACCUAAUGAAGCGUACCUGGCAUCCUACCGAUCGUUCUGUGCAGGGGCAGGGCCUUGACCUGAGAGAGUGAGAAACCGCUCCAUUCUGGCCAUGCUCCCUGGCACAGGGGAAGAUCUCUGCUCCCGUGGCUCCGGUCAGGAGUCAGUGCCGAUGCCUGGAAUUAGCUGUGUUCAGUGGCAGGGGAAGUUCCAGCAGCAAGAUGUGUAUGGGGUGGGGGGGUUGACUUAGGGCGUUUGGGUUUGAAAGCUGAAUGUCCAUUCCAGGAGCUGCUCACCUGCAUGCAGUAUGGCCAGAUAGCCUGGGUAUUUGACAACACUGACAGAGCCCAUAGCUCUUGGUUCCCAUUAGCUUUAUGGUCACACAAGGCUUCAGGCUUCCAUCACCACCCUCCCUCCCUCCGGUCCCAUCACCACAGACCAAGCAUGGACAAAAACCCACACUGGGGAGGAUGGGGACACAAAUCCGUGCAGGAAAUCAGAACUGGCGCGGGAUUCGGCCUGAUGCGUGAACAGCCUCAGAGUGACUCCUGACCUGUUAUCAAUAACUUUCACCAAUCAGACCACGGGUGUGUGAAGUGUGCACAGAACAGCGAGAACAUGAGGGAGCACCGCUCAUUUCCUGCCCACAAGAGAAGGAUGCUGGAGAGCCAUGAGUCCGCACCACCCCCCCGGGGGCAGUUUGGUAUCUCUCAGACGUGAUAUUCCAGUCGGCAAUUUUCCUAAGCGCAUUGGAAACCCAGAUCCCACCAAGUCUCACUGCUGGGCCCAGCCCUAAUAAUUCUUGCUACCUCGGCUGUGCAAUGCAGUGAGAGAGUAAUCCCGGCCUUCAGAAGCAUAACAAACCACCUGGCUGGUUUGCAGCAGCGCUGACGCUGUACAACGGGCUGAGAUUUGGUCUCUGCUGUGAAGUUACCUGCAUUGCUGUGACCAGGAAUUAGAAAUGUAGGCAGCUGUCGGAGAGACAGAGUCACUGCAGGCACAUAAAUAAAGAUGAAACUUAAGGCCGGCAGGAGGGACACAGACUCCUUGUGUGCAGAGAUGUUCCCACGACAUAGCUGCCAGCCAGUUGCUUAGAUUAACACUCCAAAUGCUGGUAUUCUCCACUCUGCCUGCCAGCUGAACAGAUUCUUAGACUACGUGUACCUGAAGUGAGCAAAGGGUUACAUGUAAUCUGUGAAUGCACGUGGUCACCGAGCAGCUAGUGACCACCCUGGCAGAAGCAUGAUCGGCUGCAAUCCCUGUUUGUCAGUACGGUGCAAGAUGUUGCAUCAUCAUUUCAAGGUAAUGCCAGGCUGUCAGGGACUUUCGACAGCCAUGGUUUGACAAACACUUGCGUCAGGCUUGUAAGUGGGUCAGCGCUAGCUUGGCAGAGGUCGCUGCUGAGUUCAGAGGUCAGUGACAGCAUGUGCAGCCAGGCUGUGCAUUAACCAGCACAGUCCAGCAGCAUCAGCACAAACAGGUUAAACGCUCCAGCACCUGCAGUGGCUUCAGAACAUCAGCAAAGGAUGGAGGCUGGCACGAGCGUCCUGCACAAGGCAGGGAUCCAGGCGAUCGCUUCCUACAGGAGAACUCCCAGGACUGGUUCCUCUUCAUCGCCUUGACUGCCACUAUCAGCCUUCUUCAUCCACUUCCCCAUCUGGUUCCAGCUCUGCGAGGCAGGGUGACUGAGAGACCAGCUUGAGCCAGUCUCACCUUUGAUUCCUGCCAUAACAUCGCGUCCCCCUCACCCCCAGAGAUUGCCCUGGUUAAAGUGAAAACUGCUUGGCCAAUAUGAAUGAUGAUACAACAUCCUACUUCUCUCUCUCGGGCUCCUGCAGGCAUGUCCCUCAUCUGAAGGGCAGCGCGCACAGGAUCCUGAGUAGGGACUCCUUUGAGUUACCUUGGUGUUUUUCUCAGUAACGGUUAGCAAUUGUCAGAGUCCACCCCCUACUGGGAUUAACCUCCUUCUUCCCCACAUUCUGCACCAAAUACAUUUAAAGGGGAGUUUGUACUGGUCACAGUAACCCGGAAUAAAUCUGCUCA